AUGAUCUACACUGAAGAUUACUCCACUAUUUAUUAAAUUAUUGAUAAGAAUUACGGCAUAAAAUUUAACAAACAAAUAACAAUAUAGAAAUUGUAGUUAAAUGGAAUAAAUUAUAUUUCAUUUGAUAUUUAAGAACUUAAAUUAGAUAAGGUAGAAUAGAAGAAAAUUAGAAGAUGUUAAUAUAUAGGAAUGUAAUAACCUUUGCGUUUGUAUUUAAAUUAAAAAAAAAGAAUUUUAGUGUUUAAUCAUAUAUUAGAUAGCUAAUUGUCAUAAGACAAAAUUAAAGUUCUUACUUAAUCUGAUUAUUCAAGAAUAUUGAUAUAGUUAAUAUUAGGUAAAUAGAUUAUUAUAAUUAAAGUUUUCAAUGAGUUUGAGCAUAGAAAUUUCAAUUGGUAAAUAAGUGAUGUGAGUUAGUUAUAUUAUAUUGAUGGAAUUCUCAAAGUAAUAAUCAUUGAUUAUAAAUAUAACAAUAACAAAUAAAAUAGACAAGACCUAUUCAAAGAAUUAAGUAUUUCUUUUUCAUAUUUUUUAGUCAUUUAAAAUUUCAAUACAUACAUACCCAAUAUAAAUUAAUUUCUAAAUUUAAAGGAAGAUCCCUAAUUGCAAAAUUUAUUAGAAUAUUUAUUUUUUUAGUAAAAUAUCUCUUCAAAAUAACUUGAAGUUGAAGCCUCUUAUGAAUUUGUAAUCUCAUGGUUAUUAAAUAUUUCAAAUUUUUAAUAAACAAUCUAUUAUACUCCAUUUUGUGUAAUAAAAUCAUUUGAUACUCCUGAAAUUAUUAAAAAAAUGAUAGAUAAUUCACCUAAAAUGAUGAUUUUUAAAUAAAAAAAAAUUCUGAAUAAUCAUAAGUAUUAUGAAGAAUUUAGACAAAAUAUAGAUAGAGAAAUAGAAAUUUCAGAAAAAAAUAAAGAUUAUAAAUAGUUAUUAUCAAAUUUAUUUUAUAUCAGAAUUUUAGAUAAACCAUUUAUUUUUAUCAAAUACUAUAAAUAUACUCUUAGUGAUAUAUUUAAAUAAUGGAUGAAUUAGAAUGUUAAAUUCUAUAAAUUAAAAGUCUUUUAUUUAUGUCAUAGCUUUUCUCAAGCAAUAUUUGAGUUGAAUUUAUGUAAAUCGAUUCAUAGAGAUUUGAAGCCUCACAAUCUAUUCUUAGAAGACUGGAAUGAAGAUGAAUUCGAGAAAUUUAUUUAAUAUUAAAUUGUUAUAGGGGAUUUUGAUAGAUCUAAAGUAUAAACUUCUAAAUAAGACUACGAAUAAAAAUUAUGUAAAUAUAAUUCAGCUAAAAUGACUAUAUUUAAUUCAGAAAAUUCUGAUUUAUAUGAUCCACCAGAAACAAUAGAAACAUAUAAAUAUAAUAUGUGGUAAUUUGGCCUUAUAUGUUUUACAAUUGCUAACAGGGGUAUUUUUGCAGGACAUAGGUUAGGAUGCAGAGGUCUUGAAGACUAAGAAUAUAAUUUAUAUUUUUCGCUUUAAGCAAUCGAAAAUAAAUUAUAAAACGAAAAUUAUCCAUAAGAAUUUUUAAAAUUAUUGGCUUAAUGUUUGGAUAAAAAUUAUGAAAAAAGACCAUAUCCUUAGUUUAUUCAUUAAAUAUUGUGGAAAUUAACUGAAUAAGAGCUUGAA